AUGAUUUCAAUUAUCAAAGUAAUUUUAUUAAAUUUUGUUUCUUCUUUUGGUACAGGGGUAUCCUAUGAUCUGUCUGAUAAAGAGCUUUUCUGCAUUGAAGAGCAAUAUGUGUUUGAUCGCAUGUACUCGUUGGCUCGAGGUUUUUCCAGCCUCUCCCCAUCUUGCAAGUUCAUUCUUGUGGAAAGUCUUCGGUCCAAUCUCAGUGUUCUCCUCCAAAAUGUGGAUUCACUGAUCCGUGUUUCUCAAGGUCAGGAUGAUGAUGAAACUCUGAUGCUUGAUCGUGUCACUUCAUAUCGUAAUGCUUUUAAAAUUUACACAUUCUUUCUCCUCCACGUUAUUUUGACCGAGGAGUCUAACACUGGUUCUAGUAACAAUCCAAAGGUGACAGCUAGUAGUCGUAAGAAGCAACCAUUAAACUCAUUGAAAUGGGAGUUACAGGGCCGGUUGCUUAACCUGAUUGCGAACUCACUAGAGAUAAACCUCGCGUUGCUCUUUGGAUCAGCUGACCCAGAUGAAAAUUAUCUAUCUUUUAUUGUAAAAAAUGUGUUUUCUCUGUUUGAGAGUGCCAUGCUUCUAAAGGACUCAGAAACAAAAGAUGCUCUAUGUCGCAUCAUUGGGGCUUGCGCCACAAAGAACCACUACACAGAGCAAUCAUCUGCUUCAAUCAUGCACCUAAUUCAUAAAUAUGACUUUGUUGUUACUCACAUGGCUGAUGCUGUUGCUUUGGCUGAGAAGAAGUACGCUGAUGGAACACUUGCAAGUUCCCUUAUCAGAGAGGUAGGGAGGACUAACCCCAAGUCCUAUUUGAAGGAUACAGCAGGGGCUGAAAAUGUUGGGCGCUUCCUGGUGGAGCCUGCUGAUCGACUACCAAAGUUAAUGUCGACUAACAUUGCUUUUGGUGGUGAAUCUUAUAAGAUAAGAAUUGCCCUUGUAGGUGUUUUGCGUAAACUAGUUGCAAAAGCAUUUAAUGAUGUUGAUGGUGAAAUGAGUUCUAAAUCUGUUCAUCUUCGGACCAAGCAAGCCGUGUUGGAAAUUUUGCUUGAGCGUUGUAGAGAUGUUUGGGCUUAUACAAGGAGCCGAGUUGUUCAAGUUUGGGCUGAGCUAUGUGAGGAGCAUUCUGUUUCAAUUGGUGUAUGGAAUAAGGUUGCAGCUGUUGCUGCUGGGAGAUUGGAAGAUAAGAGUGCCAUUGUUAGAAAAUCUGCAUUAAAUUUACUGAUCAUGAUGUUGCAGCAUAAUCCUUUUGGGCCACAACUCCGAAUAGCUUCAUUUGAAGCAAAUCUAGGGCAGUACAAGAAGAAGCUAAACGAGCUUGAACCAGAUAAAUUGUCUGAACGCAUGAAGGAUGGUGCUGAUGAGAGUGAGGUUGAUAAUGCAAAUGCUGAAGAGGUGGCCAACCACCAGCCUGAGAGUUUAACUGAUAGUUUACCCCAUAUGGAGCAAGAGAUUGCUAGUAAGGAUAGUUCUGUGCCAGAUGUUGGGAACUUGGAGCAGACUAAGGCCUUGGUUGCCUCUCUCGAGGCUGGUUUGAAGUUUUCUAAGUUUGUAUCUGCCACAAUGCCAACACUCCUUCAAUUGAUGGUUUCAUCUUCUGCUACAGACGUUGAGAACACAAUUCUCUUGCUGAUGAGAUGUAGACAAUUCCAAAUUGAUGGUGCAGAAGCCUGUCUCCGCCAGAUGUUGCCACUGGUAUUUUCUCAAGACAAAUCCAUAUAUGAAGCUGUAAAGAAUGCUUUUGUAACAAUUUAUAUUAGGGAAAAUCCAGUAGAGACUUCUAAAAAUCUUUUGAAUCUAGCCAUAGCUUCAAAUGUAGGGGAUCAAGCAGCCCUCGAGUUCAUUGUUGGUGCUUUAGUGUCUAAAGGUGAUAUAUCCAGUGGUGCGAUAUCAGCGUUAUGGGAUUUCUUUUGCUUCAAUGUUAAUGGAGCCACUGCCAAGCAAAGUCAUGGGGAUUUAGCUAUCCUCUGCAUGGCAGCAAAAUCAUCUACUGCAAUUCUUGGCUCUCACUUAAAAGACAUUAUUGACAUUGGGUUUGGUUGUUGGGCUAAAGUGGAACCUUUGCUAGCUAGGACAGCAUGCGUUGCUAUCCAGAGAUUGUCUGAAGUGGACAAGAAAAAGUUGUUAAUUAGUAAUGGCAGCCGCAUAUUUGGUGUUCUGGAAUGCUUAAUUAUAGGCUUUGGGCUUCCAGAUAAUAUAUGGUAUGCUGCAGCUGAUAAAGCAAUAGAUGCAAUAUACACAAUUCAUCCAACCCCAGAAACCUUAGCUGCUGAUCUUGUGAAAAAGUCCCUUGGUUCAGUUUUCGAUGGUAGCAGAGGAGAUACAUUACAUGACGACAUUGUCAGUGGUAACUUCACUGUACUUUCCACCGUUCAAGUAGCAAAGCUUAGCAGAUACUUAUUUCUCACAAGUCAUGUUGCCAUGAACCAACUGGUAUACAUUGAAUCUUGUGUUCGGAAGAUCCAGAAACAGAAAGGUAAUAAAGAAAAAAUGGACGCUGAAGGUACAGCAAAUGCUGAAAAACAAAAGGAUAAUAGCAUCAAUGCUGAACUAGGUCUUGCUGCUUCUGAGGAUGCAUUACUAGACACACUUGCUGAAAGAGCAGAGAAAGAAAUUGUUUCUGGUAGCUCCACUGAAAGGAGUUUGAUUGGAGAGUGUGCACCUUUCCUCUGUAAGCUCUGCAGAAAAUUUUCUUUGAUGCUGAAGUAUCCAGUACUACAGGCCUCUGCAAUGCUUGCCUUAUGUCGAUUUAUGAUUGUAGAUGCCAAUUAUUGUGAUGAAAAUCUCCAGCUUCUAUUCACUGUUGUGGAGAAUGCACCAUCAGAAAUUGUUCGUUCCAAUUGCACUAUUGCUCUAGGAGAUUUGGCAGACUUGCCGAAUCCGUUAGAACCAUGGACAGAGAACAUGUAUUCUCGUUUAAGGGAUCCUUCAGUUUCAGUUAGGAAGAAUGCUGUUCUGGUGCUUUCACAUCUCAUACUAAAUGACAUGAUGAAGGUAAAAGGUUACAUAAAUGAGAUGGCUGUACGAGUAGAAGAUCAUGAUGAGAGGAUCGCUAAUCUGGCUAAGCUCUUUUUCCAUGAAUUGUCAAAGAAAGGAAGCAAUCCGAUAUAUAAUUUACUCCCAGAUAUACUUGGCAAACUAUCAACCCAAGAUCUGCAGAGGGUCUGCAACAUCAUGCAGUUCUUAAUUGGUUCCAUCAAGAAGGACAAACAAAUGGAAUCACUUGUUGAAAAGCUCUGCAAUAGGUUUAGUGGAGUCACAGAUGUUAGACAAUGGGAGCAUAUUUCUUACUGUCUUUCUCAGUUGUCAUUCACUGAAAAGGGAAAUAAAAAGCUUAUAGAGUCAUUUAAGACUUAUGAACAUGCCCUAUGUGAGGAUUCUGUGAUGGAUCGUUUUAGAAACAUAAUUAACAAGGGCAAGAAGUUUGCAAAACCAGAAAUGAAAGUAUCCAUUGAGGAGUUUGAGGAAAAUAAGUUCCACAUGGAAAAGAAGGAGCAAGAGGUUACAGCAAGAAAUGCAGAAAUACAUUGACAGAAGGUUGGCAACAUAGAAGGUUUUGUUAUGCCCGUAAAUGAUGGAGAAGAAAGUGCAGAAUCUGACAUUUCGGAAGGUGUUAGAGACGGUGAGGUCAUUAAUACAGCCAUAGAAGGGUAAAUCGAGUCUUUGGAUGAAUCAUCAUCAUCACAAAUUGUUGAGUCAGAGGAAUCUUCCGGAGCUUCAAGUGAAGUGACUGAACAGGAAGAGAUUGAAAUUCAAUCACUGAGAAUUAAUAGGAAAGGUGUGCCCAGAUCCCGAGUUAAAAAAAAGCCAUGUGAAAGAUCUGAAGGGUGACUUGUCCGUGACCUUCCAGAGAAAUAUCUGGUUAAAGAAAAAGAGUUUUGGAUAUGGUUGCAUACCAUACCAACCAUAUCUAAAUGUCAUGGAUUCAGCUGAAGUGCAAGAUAUGGAUGAUGAAUGGUGGAAUUGGGGCAGAAAUGCUUGCACCAUUUUGAGACAAGAUGCUUUCGCAUUUGAUAGUGUUCGUUACUGAUGGUAUCAUUGAUGCCAUGGCUUCUUUGGUCCUCCUGUUUUGGGUGGUUGGUUUACUUGAAUUUAAAAUUUGUGGAGGGACAACUUAUGAGCACUGUCUAAUGGACGGUGUAAGAAAUCAAGGAUGCAAGGCAUUUGUCUUUUUCUUGUUUAUGUAGGAGGAAGGGUCUUCAGGUGAUUCAAAGAAUAUGGAACUUGUCCAAUGAGAUAGCUAGCCAACUGAGGUGUGAUCCUGUUCCUAUGGGUGUGACAAGGUUAUUACAUCUAACGUCAAGAAUAAGGGUCUUCAAUUUGUUACACUUGAUCACUAGGUCAAGGAAUACCUUUUUUUUUUUAAAUUUUCUGGGUAGCUAUAGUUUCUGCAUCAAAGUUUAAGGAAAUAUUCGACAGUUCAUAAUGAUUAUGCAGGUAGAAGAAUGAAAUUAAUCAGUUCAACACGUUUGGGUCAUUACUUACUGAAUGGGAGAAAGCCGGAAGUUCUUUAUGUACUCAAAAGUAGGCAGCGGUGUUGGAAUACACGGUUUGGCAUGGACCACCCAUCUUUUAAAACAAAAGGGUAGCGUUAUUCUUUUGAAAUGGUUUCACUGCCGUAUAUAAUAUAUUUAGUUUGUCCUGUGAGCAAUGAAAAUGCACACGCCAUGAUAUUGUGUUUCAAUUUUUUGCAUUUUCAUUGUGCACUCGUUUUAAAUACAUCUGUUACCGUUC